UUAGGGGAAGGAGGGGGGAGGAGAAGUUUCCUGUGUGUGUGGAGAGAGGAGCAGGAGUGAGGACGCUGGUGCUGGGCUUGUUUUUCACUCAUCAGCUGCUUGUUUUUUAUUUAGAGUUGACAACAUUGGACACAACACAUUUCAGUGGAGGCGGCGGGAGAGGAGGUGACGGUGACCGGCAGUGAGGUAACUUAAGGAGCUGGAGUCCCACUAAGAAUAGAAGACAGGGCUGUGGAAAGAGACGACGUGGAAAGGCUCCUUGUUCCCUGAUCUAGCCAACUAAAGAUAUAAUUUCUUCUUAAGCCUCUGAAUUUACAUGAUGAGUCUCACAGGAGAGAGACCACAUCUGUGUUCUGUGUGUGACAGAAGCUUUACAUGUAAAUCACAUCUUCUCAUACAUCAGAGGAGUCACACAGGAGAGAAACCAUUUACAUGUUCUGAAUGCAGCAAGUGUUUUUCCCAGAAGUCACAUCUUCUUAUACAUCAGAGGAGUCACACAGGAGAAAAACCAUUUGAAUGUUCUGAAUGCAGCAAGUGUUUUUCCCGGAAUUCACAUCUUAUCAGACAUCAGAGGAGUCACACAGGAGAGAGACCACAUCUGUGCUCUGAGUGUGACAGAAGCUUUACAUGUAAAUCACAUCUUAUCAGACAUCAGAGGAGUCACACGGGAGAGAAACCAUUUGAAUGUUCUGAAUGUAGGAAGUGUUUUUCCCAGAAGGCACAGCUUGUUAUACACCAGAGAGUUCACACAGGAGAAAAACCAUUUGAAUGUUCUGAAUGCAGUAUGUGUUUUUCCCAGAAGUCAGAGCUGGUUAUACAUCAGAGGAGUCACACAGGAGAAAACCCAAUUACAUGUUCUGAAUGCAGCAAAUGUUUUGCCAGGAAAUCAUAUCUUGUUAUACAUCAGAGGAUUCACACAGGAGAGAAACCAUUUAAAUGUUCUGAAUGUAGCAAGUGUUUUUCCCAUAAGUCAUAUCUUGUUAUACAUCAGAGGAGUCACACAGGAGAGAAACCAUUUAAAUGUUCUGAAUGUAGCAAGUGUUUUUCCCAUAAGUCAUAUCUUGUUAUACAUCAGAGGAGUCACACAGGAGAGAAACCAUUUACAUGUUCUGAAUGUAGGAAGUGUUUUACUAGAAAGAAAACACUCAGUAAUCACAUGCGGAGUCACUCUGAGGGCCCGAAUGCAGCUUGUGUAUCAUAAGUAAUGUAACUUAUCAAAACUGUAUGAAUUCAAUGGAACCAAUAUUUAUUUUCUGAAUGUGACAAGUGUUUUAUAUAAAUCUGUCUUGAUAAAGACAGGAGAGGUCAGACAAGUGGACCUGGAGGUACUUUUCCCCUUGGGAAGGUCUCUGUGUUAGGAACUAGAGCUGCAGUAUAACAAUAGCCAAUGACCGUGGGACUGCCAUUACUGAGCUCUGUAAUAUACAGCUGUUCUGCUCAUGCAGGUGCUGGGACUAGUAGAGAGUUCCAGCAGCUCCUCUCAGUACUGGGAUUCCUUCUCUGACCAGCAGGGCUAUGAGUGCUGGGUAUUUCUACAGGAACAAUGUAUGCUGCUCUGUUUCACCGUAUGGGUUAUUGUACGGGGUGUUAUUUUUAACCACUUUUUAGAUGCCAUUUUGUCCAUGUUUAACUCCAUUUUGUAUGUGUAUGACCUCCUUGCUUUAUAUACUGUACAUACUUUUUAUUAGGAUUAGUGCUUUGCAGACAUAUAGGCACCAGUUAGAAAUAUAGUGUCACGUUAAGUUACAAGUUUUCUUUCACCUUUGACAUAGUGUGAAAGACAUAGUGAGUGGGAAGUGUAUACAGCUUUUAGGGUGGCUGAUUAUAAUAAAUAUAUGUUCCUGUUAUCAGUAUCUCAGAUGGAAACUGUCUAGUAAGAUGUUUGGGGUAUUGUGUACAUAAGUAGGGGAAAGGGUACAGUUGUCUAGAAUAACAUAAAUUAUGUUAUCCUGAAUGACUACUGCACCCAGCGUCACAGACCCUGAAUGUAAUAUCUGGUAGGACAAUGUUAGCGUAUCCUUGCAGGGUUAUAAAGCCUAGAGACUUACACAUAGCAAGUAGUUCUGAUGGAAGCUAGGUCUGGCUGCAGCGGACCUAGACUUCUACAAACCCCCUCCAGCUUGUAACUUGCGACAAAGUUAUAAGGCGUUACCCUAGAGAAUGACUGAACUACAUUAUUUAAACUACUUAAUCGAUGACCAUCAUCUGGGACAGAUCUUAUAACAUCUGGGAUAAGAGCUGAGUGUUCUAAUUUGUUCUUGUUAUUAUUGUAACUUUGAUAAAUGAUUAUCCUUUUUACUA